CAUCGCGUCCCUUCCGCAAAUAUCGAUAGUGACAAACAGUGAACGCGAAACGUAAACAGCCUAAGAAAUGCUGCCAACCUGUUGUUCUAUUGAGAAACUAUGAAAUAACAAAGGAUUUCCUCUCAUGUCAACAUGUACUGCAGAGAACUAUGAUGCCGCAGCAGAGAUACUGGAAUAAAUAUCGUAAAUACAAAUUUAAAGAGGAUAAGGCAACUGAUCGGAUUACCUAUACUGAGAAUUUUUCGAGAGCAGUGUAGUAAAGUACCUACUAACAUUUUAUAAAAAAUAUAAGGAAGAUGUUUACAACAAUACGAGUAUAAAUAUUAUUCAUUAUUGACGAACAAUACCCUAGAAAGCCAAAAACUAAUUUGUGUGGGGAUAAGUACCUAACUUUCUCUGGACAUUUUUUGGUAGAAAGAAUAGUCAAGUUUGGUAUCGAAUAAUACAAAAAUAACAAAGUAGCAUAAUAUUUACAUACCUACCUUUGUAUUUUCACUGAAAAUAAUAAAAAAGAAGGUGAUAACUAGAGACAUAAAUUAUUGCUUGGGUGAAUUGUUGACAAGUAAGUACACGUUUAUGCAAUGUUAUGAUAAUUAUUGGUGAGUUAAGGAAUAAUUAUUACUAAAGCUUCAUGCUUUUGUGAGUUCCCAGUUCGGGGCCAACUACUAGUUGAGCUAAAUGAACAAUAUUUGCAGUGUAUUUUAUAAAAUAGCUAGAAUGAUUAACUCAAUAAAAAUCAAACUAAGACGCCGGCGGUUACUAGCAUUCGUCAUCCUGGCGGUUGUCUGCGGCUACGUAGGGCUUCAGACACUGUCCCCGGACCUUUACUUCAUUCAUUGGGGUCCACUAGAAGAUAUAUCGUGCCAUUACAUAGACCUAGACAAUACUUUACCUGGAGCGGAGAGUGGGGACUUUCAGCCGCCGUCGCGCUCAAUAUUCUUUCACGAAACGUCUUGUAAAGGAGACUUGAAUUCGCGUCAAGCGUGUGCCGUGGAGUCCGCGGCCCGCGCUCAUCCUGGAUGGCAGAUAAACGUCCUAUUCGCGGCUCCCGUGCAUAAAAAUGCUUUGAGGAAUGGAAGUCUGUCAAUAUUGAAGAAUUUUACUAAUGUUAGGUUAUCUAGAGUGCAUAUAAUAGAUUACGCUAAAAGGACUCCGUUGGAGAGUAUGGUGUCGGGUGGUGCGUUGAACAGGACGCGGUGGCGUAUAUCGCACACCUCGGACGUGCUUCGUUACCUAUCUUUGUAUAAGUUCGGUGGGGUGUACUUGGACUUGGAUGUUGUCGUGGCGAAGGCGCUGGACCCGUUGGUGAGGAACUGGGCGGCUCGGGAGACGGACACUGCGGUGGCGGCCGGCGCGCUGGCGUUCUCCAGGGACGAGCUCGGCAGGAGCGUUGCUGAGGCGGCCAUCAGGGACGUAAAGAACAACUACAGAGGCGAUGUGUGGGGCUACAACGGCCCUGGUGUCAUCACGCGGAUCCUCAAGCAGCAGUGCUCGACCAGUAACCUUAGCCAGAUGUCCGCUGCCACUUGCAACGGAUUCGAGGUGUACGGUCCCCAGUUUUUCUACCCUGUGGAGUACUGGAAAGGAUGGACGUACUUCGACCCAGGAGAAAUAAAACUCGAAGACACAGCCUACAUUUUCCACGUAUGGAACAAACUGACAGGUCACCUCGAUGUACAUAAAGACUCUCCUUAUGCUAAAUUAGCGAGGAAAUAUUGCCCCAAAGUUUAUAAAUUAUAUGGUGAAGACUUUUUAUUACCAGUACAAGAGGAACCAAAGAAUAUAUAAACAGUACGUUUGCCUACUAGAAAUGAGAGCGUGUCUUGUUAAUGCGUUUUUGCAUUAUCCGAUCCAUAAAUGUGAAUACGCACUUAGGAUUUCCCCAGACCUAUCGACGCGGAAUCGGCUCUAGCCCACCAAAAAUCGCGCGUUAGUAUGAAGCAAAGAGGAUCAAGUAUUAUAGAGCGUUACUGCCUCUGGAUGGAGUUCAAGUCUCACCCAAGGCAGACAUUUUCCACUUUUAAAUUUAUUCCAAGCCUAGUGGCAUCGAUUUCAAACAUUUCUGCUAAUUAGAAGUUAAAGAUUUAAAGUAAAAUGUGUAUCACAGUUCACAGUGCAUAGACAACUUUUGAACCAGUUUUGACAAUUUGGCUCAUAUUCUUAGCUUGAUAUGUGUUAAAAUGUCAAAUAUUGAUAUUAGCGCCAUUUAGCCGAGCGUCCCCCAAAGGUGUAACGCCAUCUAGGCCACCGUACCUUUUUCUGUAGAAAUAAUGUCAUAGUUUAAUUAUUUUUUGUGCUUUUUGUGGCACUGAAAGUUAGUAUUUCAUGUGCUCUGCCUACCCCUUUAUGGGAUACAGCCGUGAUUAUUAUGUAUGUUAAUUAUUUUACUAACGGUUGUUACUCGAAUCGUUAUUUGAUCAAUCAGCUACUUUUGAUCCUGACUGUAGGUACUUUAGGUUCAAUGGUACUUUAUUGACCAAAAAAUCGGCAAAUUUUUCAUAUUUAAGUAGGUAAGCUUUCUUUUUGCAUGUAGAAUAGAAUAACAAUAUUUCAACUCAAUUUCAACUUAUUACAAAUUAACGAUGUUGAUAAAAUGAUGACCUUAUUCGAAUUUCGAAAUAUUUGAACCCGAAAUUGUGAUUAACGCGCGUUUUUUUAACCGCUUGUAUAAAGCGUGGCUUACACGAUGCGGUCUAGAAGUUAUUCGACGAAUUUGGUGUGCGUGAGGGUUUUUUCAUGUAGCUAUAUUUGAUUUAUGUAACUUUAAAAAAUAUUCCUAGUAUUUUCAAUCGCCACAAUACCUUAAAAGUAUUAUGAUUCGUGAUAAUAUUACUAUCGUUUUGAAUCAAAGACUGUAAUGGUCUGUCAUCUGUCACACUUAUAUACUUAAGUAUAGUAUGAAUUUUCUGAGAUGAACUUUUCGCUUUAGCCGUAAUCUGUUAAACAAAGGCCUUUGU